AUGGCAGAAACUUCGUCGUAUAUUCUUUACCAGAGAUCAGCAACAGGAGAAACCAUUGAUCAGUAUGCUACGGAGCUCCGUAUCCGCAGUAAAUCUUGUGAAUUCGGCGAGCUUAAAGAUUCGCUCAUCAGAGAUCGCAUCAUUUGUGAAAUUCCAGAGGAUAGCUUAAGAGAGAGACUCUUAAGGGGAGAUAACCUCACUCUGGAAAAAGUCAUGCAGCUAUGCAGAGCAGCAGAAACCACAAAGCUACAAGCAAAAGAGCUAGCUCCAUCCGGCAAGCCAGUAGUAGAUGCAGUACGAGCAAAAGAUCGAAGAUCGAAUGGCAAAGGAAAUUUCUCCAAAAAGUCUCCACAUGCUUCGAAUAAGGGUAACAAGACAUGUUAUCGAUGUGCCCAAACACACGAGUAUGGUGCAUGCCCUGCUCAUGGAAAAACGUGCACAAAAUGUGGAAAAAUAAAUCGCUUUGCAAAGGCCUGCAAGGGUGCACAAAGCUCUCCGUACAGACAGAAAAAUGUACACAACGUCACUGAAACUCCAGAAGAUAUGGAAGAAUUCUUUGUGGAUGUGAUAGACAGUGCAACGAUGAAUGGAAACUUCAACUCCAUACACAUGGUAUAA